UGUCAACGCGUUGUUAUGGAGUCGGCCUAAUUGAAAGCAUAGAAGAUCCCGAAAGUUUCUUUGUGUGUUUGAUGUACUUUUAAUUAAAGCUACAUUUUAUUUGCUUUCUCUAAUAUUAAAACUAAAUGUCCAUGGAUCGGCUGGAGGUGUUGCGAGAGCGCAAUAAACAGUUACUGGACCAGUUGAGGCAGCAUGGAGAGAAACUGGAGCGGCUGUGCGGCUGCCGUGAAAGCCGCAAGAGGGAGAGAGAGGAUGGAGCUGAGGAGAGAAGACCACUUGAAGAAACGAUCGGGAUGACCGGUGGAGACCGUGGCCCUGCAAGGGCAGCCCUAGCCAAGUCUUCCGUGAAGUUUGCCGACACUUGUGAGAAAAGAACAGUCAUCAAAAAGACUGUUUUCACACCAUCUUUCACCAAACACAGAGAAGGAACUGCUGAACAAACAGUUAAAUCAGAUCUCAUUAGAGGCAGCAAGAAACAAGACACAGAGCCAUUCAGCACCAAGUCCUGUGUAGUAAAUCCGAGCAAAGGACAGAGGGGUGUGCAGAGCAGGGUCACGUUUCAGUCGGACGAUUUCAAAGACGUCCUUGACCCAGAGAGGCAUCACCUACCACCCUUACUCGGAUAUGACUGGAUAGCAGGAGUGCUGGAUACUGAGGACUCCUUGAUAGAGCGCUCAGACGAGUUCUUCAAUGAUCUCUGUGUAUUUCGAUCGCUCAAUAAGGACAAGUGUGUCCACAGUGGACAAACCGAAUUCUCUCAGGGGAACCAGCCAGUGACACAACUGCUAACAGACAAGGAUGGCCCACAAGCUAACAUGGACACUCAUCAGUGUACAUUCUCUUACAGGAUUAACAGCAGACUGUUCCCGGUCCCCCUCCACUCUCAGGAGUGCUGUCCCUUGUGCAAAAAGCCUAAAUCCUCCCACCCUCACACUGUUGCUGAACCUGCUCUAAUCAGGGUCAGCAUCCCUCGCACCAGGCUUCUGCCACCUUACAUAUACAAAGCUCAUCGGCGAUGCAGCUUUGACCCUUCUGACAGUUUAGGAUUACCAUCGCACUGUCUAUCAGGGUGGUCCAACACAGGGCAGAGCACCCUGCCACCACCCAGCAGCCUCGACCUGCAGAGCAGUGUUAAUGUGAAGAACCCAAAAGGACCACUGAAUAAACAACUGGAGGAUCGGUCUGCACUGAGGGUGUCUCAUAACCCAAACCAGAUCUCAGAUGUGGCUCGCUUAGCUCGUCACAACUUUCAACGGUUUAAUCCAAAAAGAAGAGUGGGCGGCAUAUCUUACCCUCCUUACCCUGCGUGCUGAUAAACUAUCAAAGUAUACUGAGUGGGCUUUUUUUUUUUGUUUGUUUGUUUUAAGCGCCAAAACUGAAAACUUUGAGCGGAUGUCUAAAAAGUUUUGUGAUAGAUGACAGAUUAGAUUAAUUUAUUCACGUCUGUACAAUAAAACUUGAAUAACUGCAGCAAUUCCAAUGUGGUUGUUCCUUUUUUUCAUCUCUGUUAAAAGCUGAACCGAUUUAGACUGCACAUGUUACUGUCAACAGCCUUGUGGAUGUGAAGCAAGACUACUUAGAAUUACUCAGUGAAGUGUAUGUACAACAUUGUAACAUAAAGGAUGUUGUUUUGGGUGUCUCAAGUUUGCUUUUCCAUUUCCAGCCUCUUGUUUUGGCUCCAGGGUCUAGCUUACUUCUGUUUUUAAGCUUCCUUUGACACUUCCUUAAUGUUGGGCUGAGAACAGAAUAGAAGCAAAAGCAGGGGCUGAUGUAAGGUACAGAAGCAGUAGUUCACAGGAAACCAAAGAAACACCUAUGUUAAAUGUCACAUGCUGUAGAAAUCCCACCCAUAACACUGUCGCUUUCCAGUUUGUCCCCUCUAAGCCAACUAAUUUGAAUUUCUGAAUACAUUAAAAAAUCUACAUGCAAUGUAUUUCAACCAAUUAAAUCCACAGAAAUAAGGUAAACACGAUUCUACUGAUUUCUUUCUGAUGUAUUUCUGCUGCUCAGAAGGGAUAUAAUGACUGGGUAAUAAUUCAUAUCUUCCUGUUCUGGUGAAGCACUUUGAAGGUUUGUGCCACAAACAUCAGAGACUGAGUUAUCUGACAGACAGACAUCCGAUAGUUGACUUACUUUGCGGAUGUUGUGACAUAAAUGAAAGGCUUCUGUGAUAGCAAAAGUGUUUUUCUCUCUAACACUUGUCAAUAAACGAAUCUA